UUUUUUUUACUUUUAACUAAGAAAAAAUGGCUGUCGAUACUGUUGGAAAAGCUUCUUGGGCUGAUGAAUAUGAGGAUGAAGAAGAUAACUUCCAACCUCAAGUAUACACCGAUGAAGAUGGCAACAAGGUGAUUAUUGAAUACAGAGAAAAUGACGAUGGCAAAAAAGUCAAGGUGACUCGUAAAAUCCGUUCUAAACUCGUUACUGAACAUGUCAACAAAGCUGUUGCUGAACGCAAAAAAUGGGCAAAGUUUGGUGAAGAACAAGGUAAAAAACCUGGACCUGAUCUUUCAACAACUACUAUUGGUGAAAACAUUCCUUUAAAACUGGGAUCUACUACUGGCAAGACUGCUGAUGCCGUGGCAGAAGAAGAAGCCAAGGACAAGAUUAAGAGUCAAGCCAAGGCCAAGAACAUUGCUUGUCGUAUCUGUAAAGGUGAACACUUUACCAGUAAAUGUCCUUACAAGGAUACAAUGCAACCCUUGGAUGAAAUUGCUUCUACUAUUGAAGCUGUCAAAUUGGAUGGUUUAGAUACACCUGCUGAAACACCUGCUAGUACAGGUGGCCCUACCAAAUACACACCUCCCCACCUUCGUAAUAAGGCAGGUGGUGCUUCUGCUAAUAAUGGUGGUGGUGAAUCCAUGCGUUCUGAACAAAAGCGAGAUGAUUCUGCUACACUUCGUGUGACCAACUUGUCUGAAGACGUGACUGAUAACGAUAUUUAUGAUCUCUUUAGUCGCUUUGGUUCCAUUGCCCGUGUCUAUUUGGCCCGUGACCGUGAUACCAACCUCUGUAAGGGUUUCGCUUUUGUUUCUUUCAAUGAUCGUGAACAUGCUGAAAGAGCACAACAAGCUAUCAAUGGUUAUGGUUAUGACAAUUUGAUCUUGAGAGUUGAGUUUGCUAGAAGUUCUUAAUAAACAUUGUUGCAUGAAUCAAUACACACUGUACAUGAUUUGACCAAUCAUAUCCAUCGUAACAAAUGACGUCUCUGUACCAUAAACUGGAGCGG